CUGGUGUGGAGUCGUCACUUUUGUUGUCUUUUCAGAGAUCGAAACCUUCAGUGAACGGACAUAAGAAUUGCUUAAAUGUCAGAUGCCCGAUAUCAAUGCCAGUGAGUCUACUUCUCCCCCUGAGGGUGGAAAUGUAGAAGUCGCCUUUGCAAACCCAACACAAACUAACCUACGUGGUUACACAGAGGCAUCAGCGGUUUUAGCCUCCAACAGUCACACCAAUUCAGACACUAGUGUAAGUGAACCUACUACCACGUGUUCCUUAGAAAACACGAGCAAACAGGACAGAAACCGUGUCAUUAAAGAUUUAGGCACCACUAGCACUGCGUUCAUUGGCCCUGCAUGUCGCCCUGCAUGUCGCCAUGAGCCGGCAUCCAUCGAGCAGGAGCUUUCUGAGUUUUACAAAGAGCUUCAAGAAGUAGACCACAGUGAUGAGGUUGACGGCGAUGAGCAUGGUCAGAAUUCACCCUCCAAACCGAAGAGUCACCCACGACAGAAGAAGGACAGUUCUGUAGUCGUAACUGAUCACAGUAGAGCUUACAGACCCUACCCAGAUCCACACGAGCGCAGUGGACCACAGUGGCAAUGUGGAGGUCCAAGGAGAUGGAGACCUUGCACGCCAUAUGGUAAUGAAGGCUUUGGGGAAAGGCAACACUUAGAGCCGUGGUAUCCCACUCCACCAUGGAUUUCUCGAGGACCACCAAACCCACCUUUCCAGUUCUUACCUCCCCCACCAUUUGGAGGUCCCAUGCAUCCUCCACACAUGAGACCUCAUCAGAACUUCCAUAGUCACGCUGACAUCAGAAACGGAGCACCAUGGGAAGGGCCAUGGUUACCGCCAAAUGAAUGGCAUGACGAUGCCAGGGGUCCAUCAUUUAGCGAUUCUAGAUUCCCUGAGGAUUAUGAAACGUCUACAUCAAACUGGCAGCAGAACAACCCUGAACAACAGUUUCAUCAUUAUAACACUUUGCAUCUCAUAUUAUUGAGGGGUCUACCAGGCUCCGGAAAAUCCACUUUGGCCAGAGAACUUUUGUCCGGUGGCUCCAAUGGAACAAUACUAAGUACAGAUGACUACUUUUUCCAAGACAACACAUAUGUAUUUGAUGGCACUCUGCUCGCGGAUGCUCACGACUGGAAUCAAAAGAGAGCUAAGGAUGCGUUGUCCGAGGGUCGCUCACCUGUUAUCAUCGACAACACAAACAUCAAAGCCUGGGAGAUGAAGCCAUACGUUAAAAUGGCUUUAAAAAACGGAUAUAAAGUGGACAUCCGUGAACCAGAAACCAACUGGAAAUAUGAUCCUAUCCAGUUAGAAAAAAGGAAUACACAUGGAGUCCCUCGAGAAACAAUAGAAAAGAUGCUUGAUCGUUUCGAGCGACCCGUGGACAUUGACAUUGUGAUGAAUUCUGUGGAGCCUCCAAAUAAAAGCAGAGCACGUUAACAGAAUCUGUUGACUGCCAUGAACUAUGGAUGUUGGCAUGGUUUCACAGACACGGCUUAGCUUAAGCCAGGACUAAGCCUUCGUUGAAUUAAGAUAUUUAUGUCGCUUUUAUAAAAAUGCCUGAGACGAAUACAUUUCUGGUGUGCAUCUCGAGACAAAACAAUGGCACUGAUAUAUUUUAAGAUAUUUCUGGGUAAGUUAUAUUGAUUUAAGACUGGUCACACAUUCAUUUAAGUCUGGGACUAGCCUGUGAAACCAGGCCAUUGUCUUUUUGAAUUUAAUAAUUUGUUUUAUGAAUGUGGAUUCAUGUGAAGUCAAAGCUAUACGGUGAUGUUCAACGAAGGACCUUAUUUUUUUUAAAACACCACAAUUUGUAUCUCUUUCUUUUUAAUGAAAAUGCAGACUAUCGUGACUGCAUUCAAGCAAUGUUCAAGUUUAGAUUUGUACUCUGUGAAAUACUAAAAGAAUAAAACGUGGAAUAUUGUAUUUUUAAGCAUAUCUGCCUUUUCAGUAGUUAUGUAAACAUUGAUCUUAAGGUUCACGUUUUGUAUCUCAUCUGCUGAGGUUGUACAAUGUCGAUUGAUAAUAUAUCACCACGUUGUUUCUAAAAAGUGUUUUUGUGUGAUUAUUUGUUUUUGAUACAAUCAAAUAAAAUAAUUUUUAAUACAAU